AUAACCCACAAAAAGCAAUUAAUUAAGCAAAAAAUAAGAACAUAUGGCAUUAAGCAAUAGAUAUCUCCUAUUUUCUCUCUUACAUUUAGUUUCAACAUUCAUCAUUACUUUAACACAAGGUGAACAAAUAAUUAAUACACUGCAGCUAGCUUCAUUGAAUAGGAAUGAUUUCCCCAAAGGCUUCAUCUUUGGCACAGCAUCUUCUGCAUAUCAAUAUGAAGGUGCAGCAAGUGAAGGUGGAAGAGGACCAAGUAUUUGGGAUACUUUCACUCAUAGAUAUCCACAAAAAAUCAUGGAUGGAAACAAUGGAGAUGUUGCAAUUGACUCAUAUCAUCGUUAUAAGGAAGAUGUUGGCAUCAUGAAGGAUAUGAACUUAGAUGCAUAUAGAUUUUCCAUUUCUUGGUCUAGAAUACUUCCAAAUGGAAAACUAAGUGGAGGAAUUAAUCAGGAAGGAAUCGACUAUUACAACAACCUCAUCAAUGAAUUGGUGGCAAAUGGUUUACAACCAUUUGUAACUCUUUUUCAUUGGGAUCUUCCUCAAGCUCUUGAAGAUGAAUAUGGUGGCUUCUUAAGUCCUCUCAUUAUAAAAGACUUCCAAGAUUAUGCAGAGCUUUGCUUUAAAACAUUUGGAGACAGGGUAAAACAUUGGAUAACUUUGAAUGAGCCAUGGACUUACAGUCAAAAUGGAUAUGCAAAUGGUGCAAUGGCACCAGGCCGUUGCUCCUCAUGGUUUAAUCCAAAUUGUACCGGUGGUGAUUCUGGAACAGAACCUUAUUUAGUUUCACAUUAUCAACUUCUGGCUCAUGCUUCUGCGGUUAAUGUGUACAAGACCAAAUAUCAGGUUUGUCAAAAUGGCUUGAUAGGUAUAACAUUGGUCAUAAAUUGGUUUGUUCCGCUCUCAGAUAAUAAACUUAAUCAAAAAGCUACCGAACGAGCUUUCGACUUUAUGUUUGGAUGGUUUAUGGAUCCCCUAGUUAAUGGAGAUUAUCCAAAAACCAUGCGAGCCUUGGUUAGAACACGGUUACCAAAAUUUACUAAAGAACAAUCUAGGCUAGUCAGUGGUUCAUUUGAUUUUAUUGGCGUAAACUAUUACUCUUCUUGUUAUGCUUCUAAUGCACCACAAUUAAGCAAUGCAAAUUCUAGCUACUUAACAGAUUCACUGUCACUUUUUUCAUUUACACGUGAUGGAAAAUCAAUUGGUCUAAAUGUUGCUUCAGAUUGGUUGUAUGUUUAUCCAAAAGGAAUUCGAGAUUUUCUAGUAUACGCCAAAGAAAAAUACAACAACCCUUUAAUUUAUAUCACUGAAAACGGUAUAAAUGAGUACGAUGAUCCUUCAUUAUCACUUGAGGAAUCUCUUCUUGAUACUUAUAGAAUUGAUUACCAUUAUCGUCAUCUUUUUUAUCUGAGAGAGGCAAUCAACGCUGGUGUAAAUAUAAAGGGAUACUUUGCAUGGUCAUUGUUGGACAAUUUUGAAUGGCAAAGAGGUUAUACUGUGAGAUUUGGAAUGACAUUUAUAGAUUACAGAAAUGGUUUGAAAAGAUACCAAAAGCUCUCAGGAUUGUGGUUCAAAACGUUUCUCACGCCAGAUACCAAACAUUACAUAAGCUCCAUUUAACAAUAUUAUACAAAAAUCCUUAUAAACACCAGUUUUAUUUAUUUUUUUGACGAAAUAUAAACACCAUAGAUGUAAACAUAAUAUUAUUUCAUUGUUUGAGUAUAACAAAUUAAAUAUACGAAAUGUAAUUAUAUGUAAAUAUACUAUUUAUAAUUGAUCUUAUUUAUUGUGAAAAAAUAAAUAAAUUAUUGAUCU